GAAAAAACACUUGAAAAUUUUAAGACAGGAGUAGAAAUAUUAAACAGAAUAGUUAUAUAGUGACUAUUAGCUCAUAAGCGGAGAUGAAACUAAAAAUUGAAAGAGGCUCAAUAGUAAGGGUGUACGCAAAUAUAAUCUAAACGAAAAAGUUAAAUAACAUUCGUAUGUGACAUUGAAACAAUUGUAUUUCUAUAAGAUCAAAAAAUCAUAGUUUUAAGUGAGAGAGGAGUUUUGUUUUUGUAUACAAGUGAAAUUAUGUUUGGGUUCGACGGAGAUUAUCGCCGACGUCCUGUACAAAGUUUAGGCGGUGCUUCGCAAUCAUGUGAUCGUGAUACAAUUAUACGUAAGGCUCAGCAGGAACGACAGAAACGCAAUGAACUACGUAGACAAAACAAUGGCGCAAUUGUCCUGCAAUCAUAUACACGCUCCUUUAUUCAUAGACAACGUCGCAAGCGUUUGGAGCGUGAAGCUUUCGAUGAUUUUUUGCGAAGUCAUCGUGAUCGUGUAAUCGAAGAUGAAUGCUUGGGAUACCUGCUAAAGCGCCUGCUUUUCUUUUAUACGAGUAGAGAAAGCAAAGAUGGCGAACGUCUGAUCGAUGUUUGUCAGCAAAUUAUACGUCAGCCCGAACGUCUACUUCGAAACUCCAGCAAAGAGUUCAUUUGGUUAUAUCGUCUAAAAAAAUUGCUUGACGUUUGCUUAACACAAAUGACACUGCCACAAACCUCACCAGCCAUACCGCUUCGUAUGUUAGAGGUGUUUACAGCAACCUCAGUACUAGAACGUUAUAUGGAGGAUGAAACUCGUGUGCAGGCCUACUUAAAAGUGGUUUUCAAUUUUCUUGUAAAUCAUGAGUACUUCAUACGUCUUCGCCACCUAAUGGAAACGAAGUGCCCACCACUAGAUGGCGAGACCUUACAUGCGCCGAGUCCAUUUGCUGAUGCUAUCUUCCAAUUGAUGUUACGUCCUUUACUCCUAAAGGAUGAAAUAUCUGGUAUUUAUGAAGAAUUUUGUAAACAUAUACUCGCUAAACCCUUCACGGAUCCCAUACGAAAUUAUGUUUUGCCUGCGCUGGCGGAGUGUGUGGAUUUCCCAUUUUCUAAUUUAAUAAGAAUUCUACAUCGUUUGACAAUUAAUCCUCAGGCUGAAAAAAUGCAAGUAGACUCAACUCCAGGAUCCACAAUAUCUACAUCUUCCUUCACUGACAAAACGCCUAAAGCUGAAAGCUUAGAAAUUCAGCGUUCAGCAAUAUUCAGCAGUUAUUUGCUUAAUGCAAUUUUAAUACUUGACCGUAAACAAUUAGAUUCUCUAGAUACACAAAACCUAGUUAGUGCUUAUAUAAAAGUAGUGGCGGAGAUUUCCGUCAAAAUAUUGCAAUUACCAAAAUCAACACUUAAACUGUCAGUGGUUCAUCAUCAACGCACCGAUGCAGAAGAAUCCAGCGACGACGAUGAGGAUGAAGAAGAGCAAAGCAGACGUUCACAGAAGUCGAACAAUGAUUUGGAUGCUGGACCACCAUCACUUAGUAGCGAAGAACAAAACGUACUUUUGGAGUGUGUGAAUUUGCUAAACGAUUCACAUCGUGUACGCAUGCUGACUGAACAAACUGAUACAUAUCUUGCUGAUGAAAAAGUGCUAUAUGCGUUGUGCGAAAUUUGUCACAAUCUUAUGAUCUACAAUAAGCAAGCCGUUUUUGAAUACAAAUUGCUGUACACACUAGCAUUCAUGCCAAAUGUAGUUCGAGCAAUUUGGUUCACGUUGACAACACAAUCUAGCCAACUAGGAUUCAAUGCACCGCUUUCACUGAUUUCUAAGGGUGUCGUGCCUAAACAAAACGGCGUGGAACAGACAAUUCCUCUAUUGGCUACAUUCUGCAUGCUGUUUGGUCGCCUUUUGCCUACAUUGCAUGACGCGGAAUUCUGUGAUGAAAAGCUGUUGCUGGCGAAAUCGCUGCAGUCCUCAUUGGUCGCCGCCACACAUAUUCGGCUAAUGCCCUUCUCAAUUGCUGAAAUUAUACAAUUGUCAAAGACAUUGAAGGAAAUAUCGCUGGGUUUGGUCGACUUAGCUUUCCCCGAGACUCGUUCGAAUCUCAACGAACACUAUCGCUUUGUAUUGGGCCGCUCCGAAACGGAUGAUAAAAAAAUGUGGCAACAAAAACAAGUGUGGGCGAAUUUAUUAAAAGUCGUCGUAUUCGUCUUGAAUCAGAUACAUACGCGGGAUUUGCGACUAGGUUUUUGCCCUGAGUCACAUUGGACCGUGAGUCGUUUAGACUUGCCGCUUGAUCGGCCCACUGAUUUGCCAUUGACGCGUGGUAAUCGCACACGUGGCAUACGCCCAUUUCAACCUAUACGUGAUUUUACACGCGAAGACUUCGAAAAUGGACCACCAAUGUCUACAAAGCAAAUACGCUCCAUUACAAUAUUGCGUGAAAUUCCUUUUGUUGUGCCAUUCAACAAGCGUGUGGGUAUAUUGCAAGGCCUCGUGGCAGCGGACAAGAUGCGCGUGCAAGGAAACUAUCAAGCUUUUCUGCAAGGCCCAUCGAUUAUUCUGAAGGUUAGGCGUUCACAUCUAUACGAGGAUGCGUACGAUCGCCUGCGACCCGAAAAUGAGCCAGAUUUGCGUCUGAAGUUCCGUGUACAGUUCAUAUCUUCACUCGGCCUGGAAGAGGCUGGCAUCGAUGGUGGCGGCGUUUUUCGCGAAUUCCUAUCCGAACUUAUUAAAACGGCAUUCGACCCGAACAGAGGUUUCUUUAUGGUCACAACGGAUAAUAAACUGUAUCCCAAUCCAGAUGUAGCCGAUCUGGAACCUGACUUUGAACGGCAUUAUUACUUCAUUGGUCGUAUACUCGGCAAGGCGAUUUAUGAAAACUUGCUCGUGGAAUUACCAUUGGCAGAAUUCUUCCUAACCAAGCUCGCAGGCAAAUAUGCCGAUGUUGACAUACAUCAAUUGGCAUCGCUCGAUCCCGAACUAUAUAAAAAUUUACUCUACCUGAAGGACUAUGAGGGUGAUGUGAGUGAGCUGAAUUUGGAUUUUACCGUCGCCAGCAAUUCUUUAGGGCAUACACAAGUGAUCGAAUUGAAACCGAAUGGCCAGAGCAUACCGGUAACUACAUCAAACCGCAUCGAAUACCUACAAUUGAUGGCCGAUUAUAAGUUGAAUGUGCAAAUACGUAAGCAUUGCGUAGCAUUUCGAAGAGGACUCUCUAAUGUAUUGCCGGUCGAGUGGCUGUAUAUGUUCAGUAAUAAGGAAUUACAAAUACUUAUAUCCGGUGCUGAAAUCCCCAUUGACUUGGAUGAUUUGAAGAAACACUGCAAAUAUGGCGGCGAAUAUAGCCUCGAGCACCCUUCCAUUGUACUGUUCUGGUCGGUUUUAGAGAGCUUCAACGACCUGCAGCGCCGACAAUUGCUCAAAUUUGUGACAAGCUGUUCCAGGCCACCACUGCUGGGCUUCAAGGAUCUGGAUCCGCCGUUCUUCAUACAAAACGCUGGCGAUAUGGAACGUUUGCCCACGGCAAGUACAUGUACAAAUCUGCUGAAGUUGCCGCCAUUCAAAACGGAAGAGCAAAUGCGCGAAAAGCUACUGUACGCUAUACAAUCGGGUGUUGGCUUCGAAUUGAGUUAAAGGGGGGUUUUGUGUUUUUCUUUUGUGGUAUAAUAUUGUCGGAAAUUAUAUUGCGUUUUAAUUGUAGUCUAAUAUUAACGAAAACCCACUGCAUGAUUUAAGUUUCUUCAAACUGCAUAAGAACUAACUUUGUCAGUAGUGUGCGUGUCAGGUGCAGUAAAUAGAAUUACGCUAUAAAUUAAAUGAAGAUAAAUUGGUUGGCAGCAAGUACUGGACCAUAGUGAAUUGUAGCAGAGUGUUUAAGCGAAACGGAAUAUAAUAAACUACCAUUCCUUACAAUUUGGAUUUGAUAAAUAUAAUAUUUACAUGAAAUUCUUAUAUGAAUCAUAAGAAGAUAAAUUUACAAUUGAUUUGAUUUCAAUAAAAAGCACAUUGUUGUUAUCAGAUUGCCAA